CUCUCGUUCCAAUCCGAAUGUCAGCACGGUCGUGGCAGAUCUGUCAAAAUCCUUAAUAUCGUCAAAGACUGGUUUGAUCGAUGCUCUGUUGCUAAUCCUGUGGCAUCUCAACCCACUCUUUCCGGUUCAACGCACUCAACAUGCUCGCCAUCCUCAGUAUAAAUCAUGUUGUCUUGCCUGCUCUCAGUACUUUUCGAUCAGUUCAGUUUUGUCUUUCAUUCCCUUUGCCAAUCAAGAGCUGUGCUCUGAAGCAUCCUUCGUCUUUUGUUUUUGUCAUUAAUUCACCCACCGAUCGUUUCAAUCCUUCGUUCAUUCUUUAUCGACAGCAAAUCGCUACAAGCAAUAGCUUCGCUUCAACUUCAAGAUGAAGCCUAGCACCUACUUGUACCUGGCGGCCUACUUCGGUCUGUCCGCUGCCGCUCCUCACAACAAGCGUGAUGACACUUGCCCUUGUGCUCCUGCCGAUUCGAAGAGCACUUCUACUCUGACCGUCACCCAAUGGUCUACCCAGACUCACACUCAGACAGUCACAGAGCAUGUCACAAGCUACGUUACCACGACUGCUGCUGGUUCAGCAGUCCCAUCUGUGCAGACUGAUGCUGCCGCCUCCUCUGCUCCUGCAUACGGUGGUGGCAACUCAGGCUCUUCACCUUCGUCUUCGGAUGUCGACGCUUCCAACGGUACUCCCACCAACGCUGCUUCUGGAAGUUCUGGCGCCAUCACUACCCUUCCUACUGCUUCGUUCGGUGAGGGUAACUACGGUGCCACCACCCCGGCUGCCUCUGCCAACGUCCCUGCUGUCACAGGUACUACCACCAUGGGCCCCUCUGGUCCCGAGGUCGUCUAUGUGACAGACAUCGUUUCCGAGACAGUCACAACCUGUAAGUAACCCAAGAUGUCAACUCGAUAUUGCGAUAUCAUGAGCCCAGAUUCAGAAACACAUUGCUGACUAUAUCCAGGCCCUGUUGGUCACACGAUCACAUCUGCU